AUGAGUGGUCACGAAACAUUAUAUUCCAUUUUUCGACGAGAAAAACGUCGACAGUAUGAAAACUUACAGAAACAUAAAGGUGGAAUUUUGUCAGCUUUAGUCUUUACAGCGACGACGAUUGCUUUAGUCAGAAAUAUAUCACUGGACCUGCCAACGAAUGUUCACUCGAAAAUCCCUUUAAAUUUUACAGAUUUGCGGGAGUGUCUUCCACCUUCUGAAAAUAGUCGUUUGGUGAAGAUAGCUGGUGAAUGUGUUUAUGUUUAUUCUAUUAUAGCGAACUAUAGAGAUCACAGUUCACUAUUAACUGUAACUUUAAAUGUAUGGGAUGGUGCUUAUACGGAAUCGCCAAAUUUCUUGUGCUGUCUGCGCUCUGAACCACACGACGUAUUCAGCGUGACUCCAAGCAGAUUCAAUUCACAUCAUGUUGAGAGUUCGUUUAGAGCCGGACAAUAUGACUGCUUGGUAGAUACCGCAAACAAUUUUAGACCAACCCAUAUGGCUUUAGCAACAAAAUCAUGUUCACAACUGGACACCAGGUGGAUGGAAAUCGAAUAUGCUAAAAGCUCCAUCGACCAGUUAGCUAUUUGUACUGGUGUCACCCAUGGUCAAAUCAUUCCCGAAAUACUUACCGAGUGGUUCGAACUCCAGAAGAUUUUGGGAAUAGAAAAGAUUGUAACGUACGUCCACGAUUUACAAGGAGAUAGAGAAAAAAUAUUAACUCAUUAUCGAGAUGAAGGAUUACUAGAAAUAUUAUGGUAUGAUAUUCCAGGCAGUAUUAAGGCUAAAGGUGAUCGUGGAUUGGAGGCAGAGAAUAGAUGGUACCCACAAUAUUACAAUGAUAUUGAAGUAGCGUUAUUAGACUGUCAGGAACGCCUAAGAGGUUAUAAAUAUCUUAUCGUCAAUAAAUUUAACGAAUUCUUCAUACCGAGUGGUGAAAUUUUAAAUCUUUACGAUCUUCUUGAGUAUCGACUAAAAGUUGAACACCAAGUAGCAUCAAGUUUUGCCUUUCCAGUAAAAACAUUUAUUACAGAAUGGAGCAAAUCGGACCCAGAUAACGAACUAUAUCAUCUACAAUAUUUACUACGAGCACCCUUGAAUCGAACACAAACAAGAUCAAUUUAUAUACCUUCUAGAAUUCUUUCUUUAUCAGCUCCAUAUUCUAACCAGUAUUGUUAUCAAAGUGUACAGAUAAGUGAAGAUAUUGCUUCAUUCCACGAAUACAGAGAUUGUGAACAAAAUGAAGACCAAUGUUACUCACCUUCCAAAUAUCACGAUGGCGAUUUAUUUGCAUUUGAAAAAAUAUUAAAGGAAAAAAUGAAUGAUGUCAAUCCAGAGUUUCGUAGAGAAUUCUAG